AUGGUCCCCAAAGAAGACCAUCAGUACAGUGGGAUUAUCCAACUGCUUCAUCAUUUCAGGUGGACAUGGAUUGGGAUAUUUGCUGUUGAUAACAACCAUGGAGAAAAUUUCUUACAGAAAAUGCAGCCCUUGCUUGCAGAGAAUGGAGUUUGCUCAGCAUUCAUAGAAAGACUUGAACAGCUAAUCCACUUGGAAGACAUUGUAGAAGUAUUUAACAGAAUCUUAAUUAUAUCUGUGAAAUGGAAAAACAGCCAAGCCAAAGCAUUUCUCGUCUAUGGAGAAUCAUUGACAAUUAUGUGGUUGAGAGCUGUCAUAUUUAUGGUAGAUCCUGAAAGCAAGGAAAUUACAUUGCUUGGAAGGGUGUGGAUCAUGACUGCCCAGAUUGAUUUCAUAUUAUCAGGAUUUCAAACCACAUUGGAUCUCACCAUGUUCCAUGGGGCUAUUUCCUUCACCGUUCAUUCAACAGCCGUUGCAAAUUUCAAGGAAUUUCUUCAGACCAUGAAUCCUCUUUCAGACUACAGAGAUCAGUUUCUGCAGGAAGUUUGGGAACAAGCAUUUGAUUGUUCAUUUCCAAAACAAGAGUUACAAGAAAUACAAGACAUUUUCCCAAAGGAAGGUAGAAUAUGCACUGAGGAGAUGAAGCUAGAGGAUCUUCCUGGACCUGCCUUUGAAAUGGAAAUGACUGGCCAUAGCUACAGCGUCUACAAUGCUGUUUAUGCUGUGGCUCAUGCUUUGCAGGCUCUGUACACUUUGGGGUACAAUAGAAGAAAAACAAUGAUGAGUAAAAAUCCUGACCUUCCACAUCUCCAAGCUUGGCAGCUCCAUCCAUUUCUUCAAGGCAUUUCUUUUAACAAUUCAGCAGGGGAAAGAGUGUUCCUGAGUGAGAAAGGGGAAGCAACAGGUGGAUUCGAUAUCAUCAACUUGAUCACUUUUCCAAACAGAUCCUUUCAGAAAGUUAGAGUUGGAAUGAUGGAUCUACAGGCUCUAAAAGAGAAGGAAUUAUGGAUUGAUGAUGAUGUGAUUGUUUGGAGUCCAGCUUUUAACCAGGUUCUUCCAUUUUCUCGAUGCAAUGGCCCUUGUGUCCCAGGAUCCUGGAAAAAGGGGAUUGAAGGAAAUCAGUUCUGCUGCUAUGACUGUGUUCCAUGCACAGAAGGGAAGAUUUCAAAUCAAAAUGAUAUGGAUGACUGUUUUAAAUGUCCAGAAAAUCAUUAUCCAAAUAAAAGAAAGAAUGGAUGUAUCCUGAAACUGCUGGCCUUUCUAACUUUUGAAGAAAACUUAGGAAUUGGUUUAGCCUCAGCAGCUCUUGGUUUCUUCUUCUUGACCUUUUGGGUACUUGGAAUCUUUAUUAAGCACAAGGAUACUCCCAUUGUCAAAGCCAACAACCGGUUCCUCACCUACACCCUGCUUGUCUCUCUUCUGCUCUGUUUUCUUUCCUCUUUGCUCUUCCUCAGCCAACCUGGCAAAGUGGCCUGCCUUCUCCGACAAUCAAUGUUUGGUAUCACUUUUUCAGUGGCCAUUUCUAGUGUACUGGCCAAAACCAUCACUGUGGUUGUGGCUUUCAUGGCCACUAAACCUGGAUCUCAGAUGAGGAGAUGGGUGGGGAAAAGAUUGGCUCUUUCUACAGUCCUUUCCUGCUCCCUCUUUCAAGUAUGUAUUUGUAUCCUUUGGUUGUCAACAUCUCCCCCAUUCCCUGAGUUGGACAUGCACUUAGAGCUCCAAGAAAUGAUAUUACAGUGCAAUGAGGGGUCACCUUUCUUUUUCUAUUGUGUCUUGGGCUACAUGGGUAUCUUGGCCAUCGCCAGUUUUAUUGUGGCUUUCCUUGCCCGUAAAUUACCUAACAGCUUUAACGAAGCCAAGUUCAUCACCUUCAGCAUGUUGGCCUUCUGCAGUGUAUGGAUCUCCUUCUUUCCAGCCUAUCUGAGCACAAAAGGAAAAGCCAUGGUAGCUGUGGAGAUCUUCUCCAUCCUGUCCUCCAGUGCUGCAUUACUGGGAUGCAUAUUCCUCCCAAAAUGCUACAUCAUUGUUUUGCGGCCUGACCUCAACCACAGGGAGCAACUCAUUAAGAGGAAUUAG